AGUAUUUUCAAUUUCACCGAACGAACUGCUUCUUUAACCCUUUAAUUUGAUUUGAUAUCAUCUUUUCAAUAACCACCUAGUUUUGUGAAUGUUAAUUUUGCCGGUAAUCUUAAUACUGAGAUUAGUAUUAGGAAGCUAAGAAAUUUAUAUGAUAAUGACCCCAUUGGAAAAAGUGUUGUAUAAUGCACCCUAAAGUCCAAGCCACCACCAUGAAUAUUUCCACUGUUGUUACAACUACUUUCCAGUUCCAACACAACCCCUUCUCUCAUAAUCCAUUACCAACAACAACAACAACCAAACAAUAAUGAGUAACACUGCCUUUAAGGUUGCUGUGUUGGGUGGUGGAAUUUCAGGAGCAGUUUGUGCAUCAACUCUUGCCAGAAAUGGGAUUUCUGUUACACUCUUUGAGUCAGCUAGGGGCCCUGGUGGACGCAUGUCCCAAAGAAGAGAGAAAGCUGAAGAUGGAAAGGAGCUGCAUUUCGAUCACGGUGCUCCGUUUUUCUCAGUUAGCAAUCCUGAAGUGGUGCGUCUAGUUCAAGAAUGGGAGUCAAGGGGUCUAGUAGCCGAGUGGAAAGAAAAGUUUGGCUUUUUUGAUUUUCAAACCCUUAAAUUUGACAGCAUAGAACAGGAAGGAUUAAGCAAGAGAUUUGUGGGUGUUCCAGGCAUGAAUUCUAUAUGCAAAGCAUUGUGCAGUGAAAGUGGUGUUGAAAGCAAGUUUGGUGUAGGUAUCGGAAGAGUUGAGUGGUUGAAUGAUGAGAAAUUGUGGUCAUUGAUAGGCGUGGAUGGACAAAAUCUUGGUCAGUUUAAGGGACUUGUUGCAUCAGAUAAGAAUAUAGUUUCUACUAGGAUUGCCGAAGUUACAGGACGGGUGCCACCACUUGAUUUGAAGUUGCUGCCUGAGUUGUCAGAAAAGUUGCACAAUCUUCCCGUUAGGCCAUGUUUCGCAGUAAUGCUGGCAUUUGCGGAGCCUCUGUCAACGAUUCCAGUUAAAGGCUUCUCUAUUAAAAAUUCUAAAGUUUUAAGCUGGGCUUACUGUGAUAGCAGCAAGCCAGGCCGUUCUACUACAAGUGAAAGAUGGGUUCUUCAUUCAACAGCAGAAUAUGCAGAGAAUAUAAUCGCUCAAACGGGACUCAAGAAGCCAUCAGACGUUAUAUUGAAUAAAGUGGCUGAAGAGCUUUUCCAAGAGUUUCGAAGUACAGGUGCUAAUAUAUCACAGCCCUUUUUCAAGAAGGCCCAUAGAUGGGGGAGUGCAUUUCCAGCUACUAGUAUUGCUCAAGAGGAAAAAUGUCUUUGGGACAGAAACAAGAGACUAGCCAUAUGUGGUGACUUCUGUGUUAGUCCGAAUGUUGAAGGUGCCAUAGAUAGCGGAUUGGCAGCGGCUUUAAGGCUUCGAGAUAUUAGUUCCAGCUGUUUAUAGUUGAAGUAUUGAAACCUUUGAACAUUAUCAUUUCUAGUUCUUUUUGUUUCUGAGAAAAUUUGACAUUUUUUCAAGACAUGGAUGUAUUAUAAACCUAUGUGUGUUAUUAUGUAGAGUAUGGUCAAGUACAAGUUUACUAUAACCGUAAAUUUGUGAUCAUGCUAUUAUUGAAAA